CCGAAUGCUGAUAAUGCUCACUAUGAUGAUUGUUAUGAUGAUUGCUAUGAUGACGAUGAGAGAUAGUGAGGCUGUAUCACUUCUAUGGCGUGCUGGCGAAAAAAAUGGUGUGACAGAGAGGCAGGAUCAAAACAAUCGAGUACUGUAGAGAUCCCAAGAACGCUCUGUUCGCAUAGGGCCCCAAUUGUCAGUCGUUGGCCGUGUUAACACUCCUAGGCACACUGUGCACUCCUAAUGCUGUCGUGAGGCUUUUCGGUCGACCGUCUUAAGGCAACGUUAUAUUGCCACGUCGUCUUGCCGAUAUACGCGACUCUCUUCCUCUACCGCACACCAACGGAGUGGUGAUGCAGUUCACGGUGAUAGUCUGCUUAGCUCUAUGGGCAACGGCUAAUCGAGCCGAACUAUUUACAGCUACGACUGACCUCGAGAAGCUGCUGGUUACUGAACGUGAGACAAUUUUAGCUUUGCAAAAGUACAUCAAAGCUGAGCACCUUCGACUGGAGAAAGUUCAGAGGCUCAAGGCGGAUCUCGAGCGCUUGUGGAAGCUGGCCGAAAAAGACGCGAGUUUCGUGUACAACCCGGUUAAUGCAUUUCUUCUGGUAAAAAAACUUACGGCUGAUUUUGGUGAGGCAAAGAGUUUAAUUUUCAAUCCCAGAAGCAAUGAGGUGAUCACGAAUCUCACAGCGGAACUGAUCUUUCCUGACACCGAGGAUCUGGACGGGGCGGCUGCCGCAUUGCUGCGAUUGCAGGAUACGUACGCCUUAGACACAAGUCGAAUGGCUAAUGGCCUAAUUGCACCUGGCGCGAACGAAUCGCCUCGUCUUAGCGCUGAUGACUGCUUUGAGCUCGGUAGACAAUCGUACGUCAAGGAGGACUUCUACCAUACUGUGCUGUGGAUGCAGGAGGCGCUCGAAAGGCUUAAUACUACAUCACAGGAAAGUGAAGACGCAGUGAAAGCGGACAUUCUCGACUAUUUGGCAUACGCCACGUACCGUCUUGGCAAUGUUCGCCAUGCGAUUGCACUCACCGAUGAGUUGCUGAGGUUGCAGCCGAAUCACUCUCGAGCCAACAGAAACAAAAAUUAUUAUCUGAACCAGCUGAAGGAAGAUGAAGGUUUAGGUCGAGGCGACACAAGAAAAUCGCCGGUCGAUUCUCACAUCAAAAGACAAGGGGGCCUCAAUGAGGAGCGUCGAACGUACGAGCAACUCUGCAGAGGUGAGCCCAUGCCACAGUUGUUUCAGCCACGACAUCGGCGGAACCGGUUGCGCUGUCGGUAUUUUGAUAACGGCCACCCCUAUAUGAGGCUACAGCCGGCUAAACUUGAAGUCGUUCAUGAGCGACCAUAUAUCGCCAUUUUUCAUGAUGUAAUGAGUGAGGACGAAAUACGUAUCGUAACCGAAUUAAGCGAUCCAAAGCUACGAAGGGCCACUGUGCAAAAUGCUCUAUCCGGCGAGCUCGAGUUUGCAAACUAUCGCAUAAGCAAGAGUGCAUGGCUGAAAAAUACUGAUCAUGACGUAGUGAAUAGGCUUUCGUUACGCUUCGAGUACCUCACCGGCCUCACGCAUGAAACUGCGGAAGAACUGCAGGUUGUCAACUACGGUAUUGGUGGACAUUAUGAGCCUCACUUCGAUUUUGCUCGACGAGAAGAAACCGAUGCGUUUAAAAGCCUUGGUACGGGCAAUCGUAUAGCAACCUGGAUCAACUACAUGUCUGAGGUGAAAGCAGGAGGGGCUACUGUCUUCCCUAAUUUGGGUCUCACGCUCUGGCCUAAAAAGGGUAGCGCUGCAUUUUGGUGGAAUCUGCACCGUAGCGGCGAAGGAGACGUGCUAACCAGACAUGCCGGUUGCCCAGUGCUGGCUGGCUCCAAAUGGGUGUCGAACAAAUGGUUCCACGAAAGGGGCCAAGAGUUCCGGCGACCCUGUGGACUUAAACCUACAGAUUAUUGAAGAAUAUAGAAGAUAUUGAAAUUGCUGAUACUCAAUUUAGAUAUUACGUUUUUAAAGACCCUUAGAGAGCGAAAAAAGUCACAACGAGUUCGAAAUCAACUUUAUUUUAAAAAAUAGCAAGCUAGUUUUCAUCCUCAAGAUUUCUAUUGGGUUGGCUCGCCAUCCGAUAAAUCGGUGUAUUUUUCUAUUUUUAAUAUAACUCAGAGAGAAGCACGGUGUCAAGCUAUAUAAAAAAAAAACGCAAUUGUGAUUUUAAUAUGUUACCAACAGAUAUUCUAUGAUAAUAUGACAGGACGACGACUUUGUGAAUUGAAAUGGCUUGGUGCAACGGAGGUCUUGACUUUUCCUGUACGAAAAACUGGGAAGAACAGUUAAUCUUGUGUCUUGUUUAAUAAGUUAAGCAAUAACCCUUUCAAAACCACGAAUUUCGUUAUAUAAAAAAUUAAUGUUCUGUGCGAAGGAGGCUGUGUUGUUAGUCAACGCAGUUGGUUAGUACCGACGGUGAAAAAAGAAAAGGCUAUUUGAAUUGACUACUGAAUAACAUUAACUACAUAAUAAUGAAUAAAGGCGUGCCAUGCGCUGAUUUAGUAUAUAAUUGAAGAGGAAUCCUGUACAUGACACUUUGUAAAUAAAGAUGCCACCUAAACCUUGCCAAUGAUACAGAAAGACGCAUACA